AUGGCCUUUUGGGGACACUAUUACAGACUUAUUGUUUUAUUCAUCGGAUUCACUUGUUUGUCAUCGAUAUGCUCGAAUUAUAUUGUCAUCAAUUUCACAUUUAUUUGCAUGAAACAUGAUAUGUCGCAAACUGUCAUAGAAAAUGGGACACUUCGAAGCGCCUACGAUUAUGAUGCGACAGAGAAGAAAUGGAUUAUGUGGUCGGUUGCUGCGGGAACAAUCAUUGGCACCAUUCCAAUCAAUCUGCUUUAUGUCAAAUAUGGAGCAAGAUGGCCAUUUUUAAUUGCCGGACUGGCGUCAGUAUUUUCUACGGGACUCAUUCCACUGGCAGCUUCUAUCAGCUUAUACCUCUUGCUUCUUCUCAGAUUUAUUCAGGGUCUUGCCUAUUCGGCCGAUUUCGCUGCCAUCGGCCUGAUGACCGUUCGUUGGGCGCCGCUCUCCGAAACGGCAACAUUUCUCGCGGUCUUCACAUCGUUCACCGGAAUCGCCUCAACAAUCACAAAUUCGAUAACCGGCGUGAUUUGCGAAAGCUCGCUUGGAUGGAAAUACUCGUUCUAUUUUCACGCCAUCGCCGGCGCAAUUCUGUUCGCUCUUUGGACAUGGAUUUACAUUGAUGAUCCGCAGGAUGGCCGACGGGUCAGCGAUCGCGAGAUUUCCAAAAUUCACAAAAACAAAUCUGAGGCUCAUUUGGACAAAAAUGCACCAGUUCCAUAUAAGAAAAUCGUCACAAGUCCGGUGAUUUGGUGCGUCUGGAUGAACGCGUUCUUCGAGAUGUCGGCGGUUAUUUUAUUCACAAGCUAUAUGCCAAUCUAUUUCAAUCAAGUUCUUGGCUUUGGGGUCACAGAAACUGGUUUCUAUGUCGCUCUUGUGCUUUUCCUGUAUAUUCCCGGGCGAUUCAUUUUUGCGGUUCUUUCGGAUAAGAUCAAGUCGAUUAAUGAGAAGCUGAAAAUCAUGUUCUUCAAUACGGUAGCUGUUGGAAUAUCUGGAACACUUUUCGCUAUUAUUGGAUUCAUUCCGAAAGAGAACAAAUACUUAUCAUUGGCGACUUUUAUCGCAUGCAUGUGCUGCAUCGGAUUGAAUUGCGGAGGAUUCUACAAAUGCGGAGUGUUGCAUGCAAGACAAUUUUCGCAUGUUGUGAUCGCCGCAAUUCAAUGGACCAAAUGUCUCGCGCUCUUCUCGGCACCUGCUUUAGUAUCUCUAUUCGUCACUGAUGACACAAACCGACAACAAUGGAAAUGGGUCUAUCUCAUUCUAGGAUCUUUAAUGAUUCUGGCAAAUCUGAUUUCAUAUUUCAUUUUCACCGACGAGCCAGCCGAAUGGACGGAAGGCAGUCAGACGACGAAAAAAGGGCUUCAAGCAAAAGUUUGA